AAUCUUUGGUGGAGACACUCGCACGAUUCGAGAAGGACGUGAAGCGAACCGACACCGGGUUCCUGGCGAUAGCAACAGAAGUGGAGAAUGACGGAGAGAAAGCCUCGGAACCUCCAGAAAAAAUCAAGGACUUACUGAAGGAGUUCCAAGACAUUCUUCCUGACGAUCUUCCGAACGAGCUACCACCAUACCGAACGCAUCAACACGAGAUCGUGGAGGAACCGAGUUCGAAACCGACCUUCCGAGCACCAUACCGGCUCAGCCCUACGGAGCUGACCGACAUGAAAAAACAGAUCGAGUAUCUCCUAGCCAAAGGACUCAUCCGGCCAUCCACUUCACCAUACGGUGCCCCAGUACUCUUCACACCGAAACCGUACGGAAGCCUGCGCAUGUGCAUCGACAACCAAGCUCUUAACAAGCAGACCAUCAAGAAUAAAUAUCCGAUACCACGAAUCGAUGACCUGCUUGACCAGCUUCGGGGAGCUACGGUAUUUUCCAAACUGGAUCUGCGGUUCGGAUACUGGCAGAUACGGAUGGCGGACAACUCUAUCCACAAAACUGCUUUCCGAACUCGAUAUGGAUCGUACAAGUAUUUGGUAAUGCCGUUCGGGCUCACCAACGCACCGGCAACGUUCCAAGCCGAAAUGAACCACAUUCUACGACCACAUUUGGACGAGUGCGUGGUGGUGUACCUGGACGACAUCCUCAUCUACUCGCGCGACAUGAAGCAGCACGUCGAACACCUGCGACGCGUCUUCGAAAUUCUUCGACGAGAACGGUUCUACGUCAAACUGUCCAAGAGCGAAUUCGCCCUUGAGAACGUCCAGUUCCUAGGACACAUGGUGAGCGCUCAAGGAGUUCACGUCGACCCCAAGAAAAUCGAAGCCGUACGUACGUGGAAGACACCCGAGAACGUGAACGAGUUGCAGCAGUUCCUAGGCUUCGCGAACUAUUACAACAGGUUCGUGCCACAGUAUGCGAAACUCGCAGCACCACUCACAAAUCUGCAGAAGAAGAACACGCCCUACAAAUGGGAAUCCAAGCACCAGGAAGUCAUGGAGCAGCUGAAACAAGCACUCACGACCGCCCCGGUACUCAUCUUGCCCGACCCCGAACGCGACUACAUAACCGAAGUUGACGCCAGCGACCAGGCAGUGGGAGCAGUCUUGAUGCAAGACCAGGGGAAUGGACUGCAACCAAUCGCAUACCUCAGCAAGAAACUACAAGGAGCAGAACUAAACUACCUGAUACACGACAAAGAGGCCCUUGCCAUUGUCAUCGCCUUCAAAGCGUGGAGAUGUUAUCUCGAAGGGCGAAGAACAACCGUCUACACCGACCACUGCAGCCUGAAAUACUUGAAGACACAACCCAACCUUUCCAGGCGGUAGGUCCGGUGGAUCGACUUCCUCGA